AUGAACACACUCAAGUUGAAUGUAGGAAGUAAAUGUAAAGGUGGACCAUGUAGAUGUACAGAUGGUAGCACUGGAAACUUUGCCACUGAAAGGAAGACCGAUAUUCCUAAUGUCACCGGCUUUGUUUCCUAUACCCAUGAACUUAGCGGCGGUGGUACAUUUACCCUUAACGGACACUUGCAUGGUGGCGACCAACUAGGUGACGGUGGACAAAAUAUCCCUGGUGUUGAGAAAGUCUCCGUAUAUUACUGGGAUGAGGAUGAUGGUAAAAAUGAUGCAAAACCUCUUAUCCUGGAAGUAGAGAUUAGUGAUGGUGGGAAGAAGUACUACUAUAAGCAUGAUAAAGAUGAACGAGAAAUAUCAGGAAGUAAUGAAACAAUUUGGAAGCACUAUGGAUAUUCUGGAGGAUUAUCACUACAAGACAGACUGGAUGAUAGGAAUUGUGCUAUAAAUGGACGAAUUCCCCUUGAUAUUGAAUAUCCUACAAAGUAUCGUAACUUUGAGUCAAAUGUUUCAAAGGGCAAAGGCAUAAAAUUCCAUUCCUUCACUCCUCUUCCCGGAAGCGACUAUACAGUAACGUCUUAUUCAAUUGUUAGUGAUAGUGUUGGUUUUGAGUUUAAACUAUCCAGAGUAGAAUAUGGAAAAGAAAAGAUCACUGAAAUAAAAGUUCCUACUAGCGCACUAGAUGGAAUAAGACUAUACUCGUCUCCGGUGAGCACGAAAGUUCCACUUGUUAUUGAACUUGCGGAGGUUGGUGGCGGAAACUCUACUUUUUAUGCAAGCAAGGGUGAAAGAGGAGGAUGGAGUAAUGUUGAGGCUAAAGACUCAAAGGGCUUUUAUGACGAUAAAGAUUUCUCUACCAAAAGACCUAAGGAGGUACUUAAUAAUAAAUUGGACGAUGUCGCUUGCUUCUAUCGAAACGCUGUAACAAUUGACCUUACCAAGAGUAAUUCUACGACUCAUACCAACAAUGGACAGUAUUGCUGUGAAAAGUGUAAUACUAAGGUUUCUGUAGAAGAAAUACAAGUUCAUCAUGAAACGCACCAAAAGCAUGUUACCAUUUACAAACACUCAAUUAAUGGUGGACAACUUUCUGGCAUUAAAUUCUACCUUAACGAUGAUUUACCUAAAGAGAAUAGAAAACGUAUAGCACCAAGAAAAUUGCGUCUCCCUAUUCAAGGACCAGUGGAUGUCUACGCUUUCCACUGUAAUCACAAUCCAUCACUUAUAUACGUUGAUUCUUCUAGAAGUACAAAGCCUCAAGCCACAGGUUGGUACAGGAAGAGUAGGAGGGGCUAUGAUAAAUCUUGGACUAAAUUAAAUAGGCAACUCAAGGGAAUAACACCCAGUAAUUUUAAAGAUAACAUAGAUUGUGGGACUUGGAAGACGCUGAAGAAUGUUUUAUACCAACGUGGUUGUACAUUGGAUGAUUGCCCUCCGGGUUCUCCUGGACUCUCACCAAGUAUUCAAGAAGAGUCUGAAGAAGCAUCCGAUGAUGAUAGGUUUGAUAAUGUAGUAGAUUUGGGAAUAAGUGUAUCAACUGAAGUUGAAAAUUUUUGGUGGAAGACCCUUGAUACUGUAAUUAAAUCUGCACUUCCAGAAUUUCUUGACCUAGUUAACAAAUCCAUGAAAUCUACUGUUACUACUUCUGCUGCUCCUGCUGGAUCUAGUCUACCUCCUGGUAGUAACAAUCUGCUCAAUGGUUUACUAGAUCUUGGAAUAAACAUAUCUGAUUUAGCCAAGAAAUUUGGGAUGCAGACGAAUCAAAUGCUCAAAGAAGUUGUAGAACGAACUCGUAAACUAGCUGAAAAGACCGCUCCAGGACUAUGGGCUGUUUUGUCUCUCACUGAAGAUGGUGAAGUACAAGUUCAAAACCAAGGUGAGGAUAUUUACUUGGAAGAUUCUGAUAAUGAAGAUACAUAUAGACAAGACUCUGAUGAUCCUUCUGAUGGAUUCCAAGAACCUCUUCCUGAAGAUCCUGCCGCUAAACCUGAUGUUCCUGUUGCUUCUACUCCUGGUAGAGAUACUAAUGGAGAUGAUCUAGAUCCUGUUAAACUUAUUUCUCAGUCUGAAGUUAAACCCUCUGUUGCUCUUAAAACUCCUGAAGAUGGUAAUUCUGGAGGUGGCGCUAAAGAUGAUGGAGAAUCUGAAUCUGAUGAUAACAAAGGUGCCGGUAAUGAAACUCCUAAGAAUCAAGUUGAAGGUGCUGGAGGACUAGGCUCUGGUACUGGAUCUGCUGCUUCUACUGCUACUGAACCUACUGCUGGUAGGGAUCCUAGAACUGAAGCUGAAGAACUUAAAGAUGAAACUGAUGAUAGUUCUAGUGAUAAAGAACCUGCUUCUGGUGCUCAAGGACAUGCUGGUGGUCUACCUGGACCCGCUGGUAAAGUUGAUGGAGUGCAAGACCCUAACGAUGCUAGUCAGCCUCCUGCUCCCACUGAACCUUCUACUACUGCUACUGAAGAUACUGCUCUUUCUACUAAAGCUCCUGCUCCUCCUGGACAUGAAGUAUCUCAUGGUGAAGCUGUUUCUGGACCUAAUGGUGAUUCUGGUGGAGGUGCUACUGGUGCUAAUAAUACUCAAGGUGUAACUGUUUCUGAAGCUCUUGCUCGAUCAGUCUCAGCCUCAGGUCGUAAAUAUUCUCAAACUAACUCUUCUACUAAUGAUUGGAAAGUAAACCCAUCGACGUGCGUGCUCGCAACAACUAACGAUACACUUGACAUUAAAAGGGUAAACCAAAUCAUUUCGUCCUGCAACGUGACUUGCACAAAUCAUGCAUACAUGGCCGCAAGAGACUAUUUAUCUCACGCGGAAGAGACUAAUGUUUCCACAGUACUGGAGUUUUUGAUUGGAGGAGAGGAUAGUUUGAGGAACCACGUAAAGGAGCUCUCCCUGAAAUUGGGUCUUCAGUCAUUCUUGCAAAUCAUCAACUCGUUCAAAUUCCUGAACAAAAAGGUCUACAAGAACAAGUUUAGCCUUUCAACAUAUAGCAUGGAUAAUUAUCUCUCGAUGGACAGAGCUGCUUUCCUAUCUCUAGCCAUCUUACCAAACACAAAGUCUGGCAGCUCUACAAGCCUAUAUAGCAUAUUGAACAAGUGCAGGACAUCUAUCGGAUCACAACUUCUCAAGAUUUGGAUUUCACAACCCUUGACAGAUCCUGAGGAAAUUAAACGAAGACACGAUUGCGUGGAGGCUUUCAAGGAGGGUUUAUACCGUGUAAUUCAAGCAGAGUGUCUCAGAAAGGUCCCAGACCUGGACUCCAUCCUCAUCAAAUUCAGGAAUUAUGAAAUGACUGAUGAUGAAGCGACAAGCGGUCUAGAAGGCGCUUCAGGAAGAAUAGGAAUCUACGGAGCUGGAAGAGAGGAAAGGCUGAGAUCUCAUGCAUCCAGGGAUGAUAGAGGAAAGUCAAAGCCUACAUUUGAGGAUCUUGUCCUCCUCUAUGACUGUAUAGUAGCUGUGAAUAGGAUGGUUCAGUUUGUCCUUAAACCUUAUGAUGGUCUAAAUUCACCCACGGUACACUUAAUGUUCACAGAACCUCUUUUGAAAAUCUCAACCAUGUUUGAAACCUAUCUCCGUCUGGUUGAAAAGACAGUUGACCUCAAGGAGGCUGAAAAAAGGAACUAUGUGAUCAACAGAAACUUUGAUCCAGCACUCACAAAACUCGCCAACGAUCUGGAUAACACCAGGAACGAGAUGGAAAGGCUCAGGAGCGCAAUUGAAGACGAACUUGUGCUGAACAACUACAAGAAAAAGGGAGGAGCCAUCAAGAUUGUGGAGUGCAAUACGAUGGGAUUCCUAUUUAGAGUAUCUAAAAAGGACCAAAUUGCCGUUCAAAAUGCUGAGAUUCCAGGCAUUACCAUAGAAAAGGUUAGGCUUAAUAAGAACGAGUUUUUGUUCACCACAUCAAAGUUGAGAAAGCUCUGCACAAAAUUCAAGACGAUUUCAGGGAAAUACCAAGAAUCUCAACUCAUGUUGGUGACUAAAACUUUUAGAGUUGCAGCAACAUACUGGGUCCUUGUUGAGGGACUUUUAAAGACUCUGGCAAGUCUGGAUGUCCUGACUGCCUUUGCAGAAGUUGCUGCAAUUUACGACUACGUUAGACCUGAAAUUGAUCCUGAAGGGAAGGAGAUCAAGUUACUACAAGCAAGACACCCAUUGGUGGAACAUGUGCUCUCUUCGAAGCGCUUUGUAGCGAAUGAUUUGGAAAUGGACAGAGAAGUUUCAAGGAUACACAUUACUACAGGACCAAAUAUGGGCGGGAAAUCGACUUAUAUUAAACAGGUAAGAAUGGUGCAUGGUAUACAGAAUGUGAACUAUCCGACUGAAUGCGUAGCAUUAAAGGAGGAUAAGUCCCGAAGGAUGAGGGACUAG